CCUUUUCUUUCUCUACAAAUAUCUGCUUUUCUUGUUCUCAGGGAAAAACGGACUCUGAUGGCGUCUGCACCUGUUUCACAGCCUUCUCCUAAAAAAACAGUGGCCUCUCACGUGCCUUUUGCAGAUCUGUGUUCCACUCUGGAGCGAAUACAGACGUGUAAAUCUCGUCCAGAGAAAACCAAGUAUUUCAAAGAUUUCCUGGAUUCCUGGAGAAAAUUCCAUGAUGCUCUUCAUCAAAAAGAGAAAGACGUCACAGAUUCUUUUUAUCCAGCUAUGCGCCUUAUUCUUCCGCAGUUGGAAAGAGAAAGGAUGGCGUAUGGAAUUAAAGAAACUAUGCUUGCGAAGCUGUAUAUUGAACUGCUUAAUUUACCAAAAGAUGGAAAAGAUGCUGCAAAGCUUUUAAAUUACAGAACACCUGCUGGCUCACGUGGAGAUGCCGGAGAUUUUGCAAUGAUCGCAUACUUUGUGAUAAAACCUAGGAGCCCAAAACAAGGGAGACUGACAAUAGAACAAGUCAAUGAGCACUUAGAUGCGAUAGCUAAUAAUAAUGCUGCCAAAAAAAAGGAUUUGUUAAAGAAAAGUCUUCUUCAGUUAAUUACCCAGAGCACAGCACUGGAACAAAAAUGGCUCAUCCGGAUGAUUAUAAAGGAUCUAAAGCUUGGUGUUAGUCAACAAACUAUAUUUUCCAUUUUUCAUCCCGAUGCUGCUGAAUUACACAAUGUCACAACUGAUUUGGAAAAAGUUUGCAGACAGCUGCAUGAUCCCUGCGUCUCACUUAGCGAUGUUUCUAUCAUGUUGUUUUCUGCCUUUAAGCCAAUGCUUGCUGCUAUUGCCGAUGUCCAGCAAAUUGAGAAGCAAAUGAAUAACCAGAUAUUCUACAUAGAAACUAAGCUGGAUGGUGAACGCAUGCAGAUGCACAAAGACGGAGAUGUGUAUAAAUAUUUUUCCCGAAACGGGUUUGACUAUACUCAGCAGUUUGGUGCUUCUCCCCUUGAUGGUUCGUUAACGCCGUUUAUUCACAAUGUAUUUAAGAGCAAUAUACAAAAUUGCAUUCUCGAUGGCGAAAUGAUGGCGUACAACCCUGAGACGCAAACCUUUAUGCAAAAAGGGAACAAAUUUGACAUAAAAAGAAUGGUGGAGGACUCUGAUCUUCAGACCUGCUUCUGUGUGUUUGAUGUGUUGAUGGUUAACGAUCAGAAGCUGGGUCAUGAAGUGCUAAGCAAAAGAUACGAAAUCUUAAAUAGCGUGUUUACCCCGGUAAAGGGGAGGAUAUAUGUUGUACAUAAAAAAAGUGCCAGAACGAGAAAAGAAGUAAUUGAUGCUUUAAAUGAGGCGAUAGAUAACAGAGAGGAAGGGAUUAUGGUGAAAGAUCCCAUGUCCACCUACAAGCCUGACAAACGUGGGGAAGGCUGGUUAAAAAUCAAGCCAGAAUACGUCAGUGGGCUGAUGGAUGAACUAGACCUUUUAAUUGUUGGUGGCUACUGGGGAAAGGGCUCACGUGGUGGAAUGAUGUCUCAUUUUCUGUGCGCUAUUGCAGAGACGCCCCCUGUGAAUGAAAAACCAACCGUUUUCCACUCUAUUUGUCGUGUUGGCUCUGGCUAUACUAUGAAGGAGUUGUAUGAUUUAGGUUUGAAACUGGCUAAACACUGGAAGCCCUACAAUAGGAAGGACCCUCCCUGUAACAUUUUGUGUGGAACUGAAAAACCUGAAAUGUACAUUGAACCUUGCAACUCUGUCAUCGUUCAAAUCAAGGCAGCCGAGAUUGUUGACAGUGACAUGUACAAAACUGACUGUACUUUGAGAUUCCCCCGAAUUGAGAAGAUAAGAGAGGACAAAGAAUGGUAUGAAUGCAUGACUUCAGACAUGUUAGAAGACCUCAGAAGCAAAGCAGAAGGGAAGCUGGCAUCUAAGCACCUUUAUAUAGAUGAGUAUGAUGAGCCACAAGAGAAAAAAAGGAAAACUGUACCAAAGGUGAAGAAGAUAAUUGGAAUAGCUGAGCAAUUUAAAGCUCCUGAUCUUUCUAAUGUAAGCAAGGUUUCAAAUGUAUUUGAGGAUGUUGAGUUUUGUGUUAUGACAGGAACAGGAAAACACUCAAAGUCUGAACUGGAAAGCAGAAUAGCUGAAUGUGGCGGCAGCGUGGUACAGAACCCAGGGCCGGAGACUUACUGUGUCAUUGUAGGAGCUGAGAACGUCAGAGUGAAAAACAUCAUUGCUUCCAACAAAUACGAUGUGGUGAGGGCAGAGUGGCUCCUUCAGUGUUUUCAAACCAAAAUGCUGGUGCCUUGGCAGCCAGCCUUUAUGAUUCACAUGUCUCCUGACACGAAAGAACAUUUUGCUCGUGAGUAUGAUUGUUAUGGAGACAGCUACACAGCAGACGUAGAUGUUGCACAACUCAAGGAAGUGUUCUCAAGAAUGAAAGACAAUAAGGUGGUGCCUUUGGACAUAAUUGCAGAGUUAGAAGAACGUUAUUCGUGGAACAGUUGUCAGCUCAGUAUAUUCCGAGGAAACACUGUUUAUGUGGAUUGUUAUGCUGUUGUUAAUGAGCCCAAAACCAAAAUCCAUGGAACAACACUAUCAGUUAGAGCUUUGGAGCUCCGUUUUUAUGGUGCGAAAGUAGUCUCUCACCUUGAAGAGGGCGUCUCCCAUGUUGUUACAGGAGAAGAUCAUUCCCGGGUAAAAGAGGUGAAAGCACUAAGGAGAACAUUUGAGAAAAAAUUUAAAAUCGUAUCUGAGUUGUGGGUAACAGAGUCAGUGGAGGAAGGAGUCCUGCAGAAUGACAAUCAGUACUUAAUAUAA